AUGUCAACUACAUUACCUAAAGUUAACCUAGAUGAACCUAGAUUCGAUCAGUCUACAUAUGAAGGGAGAGCAAAACAUUUCUUUAUCACCACCAACCCCUUGAAUUUAUUUGCUACCUCCAGUCAGUUAGAGGACGCUAAAUCUGUGGUAGAAAAAUACAGAAAAGGAGAACCUUUACCAGGUUAUAAUAUAGAUGAUGUAUGGAAAGCCAAACAUUUAUACGACUCAGCCUUCCACCCUGAUACCAAGGAGAAAAUGUUUAUAUUGGGGAGAAUGUCUGCUCAGGUUCCAUGUAACAUGACCAUUACUGGCUGUAUGAUGACAUUUUAUAAGACAACUCCUGCUGUGUUAUUUUGGCAGUGGAUCAAUCAGUCAUUUAAUGCUAUAGUUAACUAUACUAAUAGAAGUGGAGAUUCACCUAUACCAUUAAAACAAUUAGGUUUAUCGUAUGUACUUGCUACAGGUGGUGCCGUCACUACAGCUUUAACCUUGAAUAGUUUGGUCAAGAAAUUCCCUCCCUUGAUUGGCCGAUUUGUUCCAUUUGCUGCUGUAGCUGCUGCUAAUUGUAUUAACAUUCCCUGUAUGAGAAGCCGGGAGAUACUUAAUGGUAUACCAGUUUUUGAUGAAAAUGGAAAUCGUUUAGGAGAAUCUAAAACAGCUGCUAAAUCUGCUAUAACUCAAGUUGUGAUCUCUAGAGUAUUUAUGGCUACACCAGGCAUGAUGAUUCCACCAUUUAUAAUGAAUGUUUUAGAGAAGAAACACUGGUUAAAGACACGCCCCUAUUUAAACGCUCCAGUACAAGUUGGUAUUAUCGGCAUCUUCCUGGUUUUUGCCACUCCAUUGUGCUGUGCUCUCUUCCCUCAGAAAAGCUCUAUAGCAACUAAUAAAUUAGAAGAAGAUUUACAGAAGAAGAUAAAGUCUAGCCCUAAUCCUCCAGAACGAGUUUUUUUUAACAAAGGAUUAUAA